AUGGCACCGCAAGCGCCCACCACCGGUUCGGGUAGCACUUUCGGCGAGGCCCGGGGUACCGUCGGCGCAUGCCGUGCCGAGCUUGCGAGGUUCGUGGGUGUGCUUGUGCCUGUGGUAUGCGAGCCCGCUCUCGUAUAUCCUUCUACAUCGGACGAGUCUGGUGUUGUAGGCCUCGAGGUUGGACGGCUGAACGCGGGGCGAAGUAGCGAGGUAAGUGAUGGAGAUGGCGGUAGCGGAGUCGGGGGUCUGUUGUAG